AUGUCCGGCGAAGGCCCUGAAUCGAUCCCCACCUCGGCCGACCCGCGCUCGCGGCGCCCAACGAAGAAGCGCGCUCUGACGCCCGUCACCGAGCAUGCCAAACACCUCGAGUCCCUCUUCUCCAAGCCCGAUCAGGAGAUCCGCCUCCCUCCCGCCCCCGGGGCUGUCGCUAAGCGCGCCGUCGCCGCACCUCCAGAGAUCGUCACAAACGUCCAGGGCUCCAGCGCCGGCGCGGGCUCCGGCGAGUUCCACGUAUACAAGGCCAGCCGUCGCCGCGAGUACGACCGCCUGCGCGCCAUGGACGAGGAGGUCAAACAAGAGAAGGAAAACGAAGAGUUUGAGCGCCAAAAGGCCGAACGAGCUGCCCGUGACGAGGAGCGCACGAGAAAGAACCGCGAGAAGAGGGAGAAGAAGAAGCAAAAGGGGAAGAAGGGGCCCGCCGCAAAGGGUUCCGGUGGUGUUGCCCCCAAUGUGAAGAUGACGGCGCCAACAGGCAAGGACGACGUCGACGCAAAGGACGGGAGCGAAGGAAACAAGGCCGCCAAGGCUACAUCAGGAGCCGCUCAGCCUGCUGGGCUUGUCAUCCACGACGAUGACUGA